AUGUCGGUAAGAAAUCGUACGGCACUCGGUCCCGGCAAGAUAAGCCCAGAACACUUGAAGAACCUUCCACCAGUACUCAUCAACACCUUGGCGAGGCUCUUUACAUGUUACCUGUUGGAAUGCAAGGUUCCUAAACAGUGGAAGAUCACCAAGACCGUGUUACUGUUUAAGAAAGGAGACCCACAAGACAUCGGCAACUAUCGCCCAAUCUGCUUACUGUCUGUCAUCUACAAGCUAUUCACAAGAGUGAUCCUAAACAGGAUUGAAAAAGUUUUAGAUGAAGGACAGCCAUGCGAGCAAACAGGGUUUCUAAAAGUUUUCAGCACGACUGCCCACAUUCACACUGUUCCAAAAUUCAUCUAA